UGGGUGGGCAGCGGGGACGGGGCUCCCCAAGCUCUCUGUCAGCCUUCCCGGUGGUGUCCUGGCACGUGGGAGAAGCAGACAGGAAGGACAGUCCCCCUGCCAUUUUCCAAUCCUGCUGCUGCCUCCAGGCAGAGAGAAUUGUUCCCAUUUGAUGGAUGGAGCAACUGAGGUUCCAGACAGAAAGUGACCUUCCCAAUGGCAGCCAGCCUGGCGGUGGCAGGAAGGAGUAGGGGUUAAAACUGGGUGGCGGUCAGACUGCUUGGUUUGGGUGGCUCUCCUAAUGAACAGCUAUGCAACCAAAGGAGUGCUAGAAUCUCUCUGGGCCUCAGUUUUCAUACCUGUAAAAUGGGCCUUACAGUACCGUCACCUCCCAGUCAUGGUAAGACUAAACGGGAGGCAGCACAGUGUGUGUCUCACAGUUGUACUCGGUAAAUGUUAACUAGUGAUGUCAUUUACUCAUUCAUUUAACAACUCUUUAUUGAGUAUCUGCUAAAUGCCAGAUACUGAACAAGCCUGACAAGGAGCUCCUCAUGCAGCUCACAUUCGAACCAGGGCUGUGGACAGUAGACAGAUACUAUCCAAGAGCACCUACUCCACACCCAAACCUGAGCUGCUCCAACUCCUUCUCACAAUGACACCGCUGGAUGCAGGGUUGUCAUGCCCAGUGUGGAACGAGGAAGGCUCUGGGAGGGGAUGGGGGGCAACUUCUCAAGGCUGUGUGGCUUUGGAGGCAGAGUGGAGAUUCAGGCCCAUGCUGGUAGGAGCUCAGGUGGCUUCUAAUGUAAACACACCAUUUACCAGGAGCCAGUUCUGAGCACGGCCCCCUCCCUGGCAGGGCAGCACCACCAGUUCAUGGACAGCUGUCCUAUUCCACAGAUUAGGGGACUGGGGAUCCCAGAGAGCCAGAGACCUGACCUGAACCCACAGCUGGCAGAUGGGGACCUGUGAGGGUGUCUCCUACAGCCAGCUGGGGGAGUGGCCUGAAGCCCUCACCCCAGGCUGGGCUUCCUGCAGGGAGAAGCAGUGUGUGUGUGUGGGGGGUAUACGUGGGGUGAGGGGCGCCCUAUAUCCAAGACACUUCCUCAUCAGGCUCUCCAGAGUGGGGUUGGACAGGGGAGGUGGACAAAGGCCCAGUGGGGGAGAGACACGGCCCAGCCCCCGCAGCCUGGGAACAAGAGGAGCUUUCGCUGGCAUUGGCAUCGGUUUCUAUGGUAACAGCGAGACCAGUGAUGGGGUGUCCCAGCUCAGCUCAGCCCUGCUGCAUGCCAACCACACGCUCAGCGCCAUUGAUCACCUGGUGCUGGAGACAGUGGAGACGCUGGGCGAGGCAGUGAGGACAGAGCUGACCACCCUGGAGGAGGUGCUCGAGCAGCGCACGGAGCUGGUGGCUGCUGCCCGGGCAGCUCGGCGGCAGACAGAGGCUGUGGCCCAGCAGCUGCAGGGGCUGGCCUUCUGGCAAGGUGUGCCCCUGAGCCCCCUGCAGGUGGCCGAAGGCGUGUCCUUCGUGGAGGAGUACAGGUGGCUGGCCUAUGUCCUCCUGCUACUCCUGGAGCUGCUGGUCUGCCUCUUCACCCUCCUGGGCCUGGCGAAGCAGAGCAAGUGGCUGGUGAUUGUGAUGACAGUCAUGAGUCUCCUGGUUCUCAUUCUGAGCUGGGGCUCCAUGGGCCUGGAGGCAGCUACCGCGGUGGGCCUCAGUGACUUCUGCUCCAACCCGGACACCUACGUCCUGAACCUGACCCAGGAGGAGACAGGGCUCAGCUCAGACAUCCUGAGCUAUUAUUUUCUCUGCAACCAGGCCGUCUCCAACCCCUUUCAACAGAGGCUGACUCUGUCCCAGCGAGCUCUGGCCAACAUCCACUCCCAGCUGCAGGGCCUGGAGCGAGAAGCUGUCCCUCAGUUCCCUGCAGCGCAGAAGCCUCUGUUGUCCUUGGAGGAGACGCUGAAUGUGACAGAAGGAAACUUCCACCAGUUGGUGGCACUGCUGCACUGUCGCGGCCUGCACAAGGACUAUGGUGCAGCCCUGAGGGGCCUGUGUGAAGAUGCCCUGGAAGGCUUGCUCUUCCUGCUGCUCUUCUCCCUGCUGUCUGCAGGGGCCCUGGCCACUGCCCUCUGCAGCCUGCCCCGUGCCUGGGCCCUCUUCCCACCCAGGAAUCCAAGCGCUUCGUGCAGUGGCAGUCGUCUAUCUGAGCCUCUCCUCCCUGCCAGACUGGAGCCUGCCUCCCCUCUUCGUUCCUUCCCUGGCUGCCGGAGAAGACCCCACUAAUCCAGCCUGACUGGGCUCUGACCACUAACACUCCUGGCCACGGACACCUGCACAGGACCACCUCCCUGCCCUGGCCCCUAGGGCUCCCGUCUCUGUCCUUAGCCCUGGGAAUAGCUGAGUGGGCAGACUAGGAGGGACCAAGGCUGGCAGGGGAGGGGCAGACGGAUAGCCCCACACCCCUUAACUCGGGCUGCCAGUCCCAUACUUGAAGGGACUGAGCUGGGGGUGGGGGACAUGAGUCCUCCCUGUUGCCCCUGCAACAGUGGGCUCCGGGCCCCUGAUCUCAACUUGUGGCACUAACUUGGAAAAGGGUUGAUUUAAAAUAAAAGGGAAGACUUUAUUUUACAAG